GUCACUCACGACCAUUAUAGCAGUGGUGUGGGAGAUGCGCCGGGGCAGAGCGCACACCGCAAAGCCUCGGGAUCUUGCACAAUCGAGUGGAUCUGCCUUAUCUUUUUAUGGGGAUGAUUACAAUGGAGGAAUUACAAAGCAGAUUUGGACCAACAUAUGCAAAGAAGUGCCUUCGCAUGCUGGGUCAAUCGAAUCCCUGUACCGCAGGCAUUUGCGCACAGUCAGAGACCUAAUACUAACUGCAAACACGCGUCCGAUUUUAUUAUAAUCAGCGAAGAGACUGGCCUGGAAACUAGACUCCUUUAGUCCUGCCUUACUGUACAGUUAGAGAUGCCUGUGUUACAGCACCUAAACACUACUGCUGGUGCUUCACACACAGAUUAUGAAUGGAGGUACGAGUACUACGAUGAUGAAGAGCCAAUUUCCUUCGAGGGACUCAAAGCGCACAAAUAUUCCAUUGUAAUUGGAUUCUGGGUGGGUCUUGCAGUGUUUGUCAUUUUUAUGUUCUUCGUGCUUACUCUUCUAACCAAGACAGGAGCUCCACAUCCAGAGAGUUCUGAACCGUGUGAGGAUUGCGUGCAUCUGACUAGCUGUGUGGAGGAACUAGGCCGCCCCCGAGAUCCAGAGAACACCAGAGCUGGUUUACCUCAAUCCUUACUUGAGGAAUCUAGGUUCCUCUUUAAUUGCUACAUUAAUGAAGAAGAGCAGGCAGGAGAACCCUCUCUGAGCCGAGCCCGGAGAGCUCACACACGAUCAAACAGCAAUGAGUUGAGUGGGCUGGUGAAAACUAGUGGCGUAAUUGGCCAGAAUACUCAACUGGAUAUGAUGGAAGAUAAUGAAGCAGAUUUUCUGGCUCAUUUCAACAUCCCAAACUUUGUAAACUCUGAACUUAGCUCAACACUGGGUGAAGAUGACUUAUUGCUGACUGAGCCACCUAUUAUAAUGGAAAGUGAAUCUCGUUCACACAGUACCAGUCACAUUAGAGACUAAGCAACCGGAACUGGAGAAGAUGAACAUAAAAGAAGAUGACAUAAAUCUCUCCGACUGGAACAAACAUGUUAAAAACAAAGUGGCACAUCUACUUUAGAAAACAGACUAAAGACCAUCACUGAACUUAUAGCAUUAAUAUUUACACAAACCUCAUUCAUUUUCUCUGUCUCACGGCCAUGCACCCAUUUUUGUGUAUUAUCUAGUUCAGAGGUAGGCUGAGCUACACUGUAAAUCUUUAUGAAGUGCCUCUUGGUAAAGUUGUAAACAAAUAUCUUUUAUCAUUCACUGUUGUUACAGUAUGUUUGUUUUGUAUGAAAUUGACAUCGGAUGAAAAAAGCAAUGCUGAAGGAAAUUAUCGAAUUAAAAAAAAAAAAAAGUGAAAGAUUGUUUUUUAAAUUAAGAUUUGUUUAGUUAUGAUAAUAACAGCACACUUAAAAAUUUGAACCAAAAUGCAAGGUUUGUAUGUAUAGUAAAAGUAUCACCAGUGUAAAUGUUCAUUAAUAGCAAAUAGUGUGUUAUGUAUUAAGAAUGGGGAAAGAACAGCUCAGGUAACAGCUCAGAUUCUCUUGACUUUUGGGCAGUUGGCUGUAAUAGAAUUGAAUUUGAUCUUUGAACUAAAACAGGGCAAAGACCUUAUUUUGAGCUUGCAGAAAGCUUCUGUGGUUGGAAGUACUUUUAAUAUAUGAUGAACGUUUUAAUUUUUCAUUGUGAGGAAUUCAUAUAGAAACUCAAAUACAUACCAAAUUCAAAUAGAUUUGAUAGUUUCAAAACUAUAACCUUAUAAAUCUGAUGUGGAAUUAGGGAUGAGUGAUCGGGCACAGCUAAAUGCAUCGUAAUAUGUUUUUCUAAACAUAGUGUUGAACUGUUCUAUAAAGUAAAACAUAGUCUAGGGCAAACAAUCUCCAUGUACAUCAAACUGUGUAGUAAAAAGUAGCACUUUGAAUAUUUUACAGUAUGUGUUAUUUAAUUUACUAUUGCAUGUUUUGCUUCUUGUUAUGUAGUCUAUUUUUGUAAACAUUAAAUGAUUCAUCUCAUUGUAAUUCAUUAGCUGAUUUCUGUGAGACACUGUGAUUCAUUUGUAUUGUGACUAUAUGUCUCAUUUAUUAAUCUUUCAGCCAAGCGGUGUGUAAAUGUUUGCUAAAUCCAAAACCUAAACAAAGAUUUUCCACAAGUUUCUGAAAUGCUCAUUUUUUUUGGUACUAUCAUUUAUGUUGAGCCUUUGUAAAGUAUAAAGCUUGUUUGUUUUUAAUGUCACAAAACUACACAAAUGGUAAAAUAAUGAAAUAUUGAGAAAGAAAAUGCAGAAAGGCAAAGGUCAAAGUCAUUCUGAUUCACUUGUUUGCCAGUAUAAAACAGGUAGCAUUCCAAAUCUAAGGAAAAAAUACAGUCAAGUGAGAUAAAAAUAACUUAUAGACAAAAACAAAGGAGGAAAACUACACUGUAACCAGUUGUUAUAAUAAUAUAUUUAUUAUUAUUAUGUUUUAAGUGUCUUCGCUGACAUUUUCCUUAUAAGCAGCUAAAGCGUUUAUUUAUGGCUUACGGAAAUGCACAGAUAGACCAGCCUGUUCUCUGUUUAUUUGCAUUAUACAGUACAUAAAAAUGUCUAAUAUUAAUGUAUUAAUUUGACUGUUUUGCCAUUAAUCUACACAGAAUAAGCCAUCGUGAUCAUUAUAUUAAUCAAAUAAUUCUUUUUAUUUUUUUAUUUUCAUGAGUAGUACUUUAUAAAAGCAACUAUGGAUGAUAUUAUAGCUUGAUGAUAUUAUAUUUAGCUAUAUCUUAUAGUUUUUCUUGGGUUUCUCUUGCUGUGUGCUCCUGUAUUUGGGCAAUUUCUCUCAUUCUUUCAUGGAUAUGCAUGUCCCACAUAAAAGUAGAAUUUAGUGAACAUGUGCACAGAGCUGAGAAGUAAUGAAGUCCAAAUGCUUCGUUACUGUACGUAAGUAGUAUUUUUCGGACAACAUUUUACUUUCACUCAUUAAAUA